AUGACACGCGGACCACAGCGUGAACGUGAGCGGGCUCGUGCUGAAGCAAGAAAUGCUAAGCAUGAAAAGAAGGGAGCCACUGGCGAUCUCGCCUCAAGAAAGGAGCGCGAUGCUGCCGCCAUGAGAGCUAAGCAAGAGGCUGCUGCUGCUAAGAAAGCUGCCGAAGGCAAGUAA